AUCGAAGCCCAAACAUUAUUUUGGGGGAAAUGCUCCUGGAGGGGGGGAAAUGGACAUAGCCCCCACCCCCGUGAAUGGACGACGCAGCGACCUCUCCAUUUUCCUCACUUUGGAAAAGAAAUAAAGAUAACAUUGGAAAUGAGGACUUGAAGGAAGAGCAUACGUCAAGAGUGUGAUGACCAGCUGGGAAGACGACUUGAGGACAUCUGUUGCAGAGCAGAUGGGGCUGAACCGGAACUCCAGCAUGUCCAUUCCCAACUAUUCAGAGGAUACAUUUACAUCCCUGAGUGAAGGAGAACAGGAUGACAGGCAGUACGAAAAUGACUCAUUUGAAUCUUAUUACUCAGUAGAGGAGUUGGAACAGCCGGCAGCAUCUGAUCUGACCCAAACCACUUGGCAAUCAUCGCGUCAAAAUGAUGAAGGAGACUCUUUAGCUAGGAAAUGGAUCAAUCUUCUGAAAGACAACAGAACUCGCACUGAGAGAGCCAAACCUCCCAUGGAGCCAGAUAUUGCAUUACCAGGAAUUUCUGAAGUACCUGAAGAAGAACUGGGGGCUUUGCGUUCCUUUUGUGCCCGCAAGAUUAGCCAUCUCCGUCAUCAAAGGAACUCAGAGCCAUUGAAAAGGAGCAGCCAUAAGGAUCAGAGGCAUAGGUUGGCUUCACGGAAGCAGCUGACGGGUGGUUGCAACUUUGCUGUCCCUUGGGAGCUAGUAAACAGGCUUCAUCUGAAAAACAUCAAGGAAAUGGCGAAAAAGAUAGCAGAAACUGAAAUGCACCAACCUUCACAAUGCCCCUUUUGCAUGAAGAAAAGAGCAGAGUUUGCAAAAGUUGAAUUUCUCCGUCGAAAGAAAACUAUAUUAGACAACGUUUUGCUUCGAGAGAAACUGGAAGACUAUAUGUAUACCAAAGAUUCUCUCACACUCAUUGGAGAAAUACAUAAAAGUCUUCCUAAGCUUUCUGAAGAUCCCAUGAAUAUAUGGCAGGAACUGAACAAAAGAGGUUGGAAAGAAUAGCUUUUGCUUGUGGGAAUUUUGGAACAAAUAAACAAAAUAAGAGACUGAAUCUCUAUAGGCUGAGCAGUGACAGUAUUGAGAAUAAUGACAAUUUGGAUUCCAGUCCAAUUUUACCUCCUGUCCCAGGGAGAACAGAGCUGUAUGUGAUUAUCGAACUAAAUAAUGUUUUUUCAAAUCACAAAGGGGAAUUUUCUUACUGUGGGGACAAGCCAUAAACACCAAGUUUUGGGGUAAGUUUCUUUUGGGGAUUUGGGAGCAGCUCAUAGUUGCUUCUGCCUGUAAGAAAAACAAACCCUUCUGGAUUUUCAAGGGAAGGAUAUAAUUCUUGGAGUUCAGCUCAGUCUGCUGCUGCUGAUUAAACUGAAGGCUGGAGCCCCACAUAGAAGGAAAGGGGGUGGUGCAUGGUGGGGAGGCUUGCAAAGGAACUGCAGAACUAGUAAAAUUGAGUAUGUUUUCAUAUUACUGAAAACAAUGACAAAUCUGAAGUGACGUUAAGCCAUCCCUCUGAGGAUUCCAAGACAAGAAGCUGUGAUAUUCCUUUAGUAAUGCCAGUUUGUGGAUAUUGAAGCAGAGGAAGGAAUAAAAUAGCUAAUGCAACUGGACUAAAAUGCCUGAGUGCUUUUGAAUGUUUACGGAGUUGGGGAAAUACGUUGUACAGUACAGGUUGUGGUGAUGAUUGUUCUGUUUUGCUGGCUAUGGUUGCUGAAAACCUGAAGGUCCAGAUUUCUUCCAUUUUGAGGAAAGCUGAAUUCUAAGCCUUAAAAUAGGCAUAUCACAGGUAAAUAAAACCAGAUAGACCAAAAAGUUCUCUAAAGGUUCUCUGGCCAACCUCACUGACAUUUGUGAUACAGGAACCCAUUCAUUCUACAGCCCUCAACCCUCAUCCAAAUGAUGUUAAGUGUGUCCUUUGACACCCAAAGGUGCUCAGCCCUUGGGCGUCUGCAGUCUCCAUUGACCUUAUUCAUUGUCCCUGCCUAGAACUUCUGGGAUUUGGUCUGAGUCUAGCCUUUGAAGGCUCAAGGCCCUAAUCGGGGCUCCACCCAUAUCAUGGCAUGGGAGAGAAGGACCAUGUGCUUUCUGUCUGAAAGGAUCAAGGCUCAACCCAUGCCAUCUCCAGUGAUAAAGGACUGGGUGGCAGAUGAUGAGACCCAGGAGGCUGAUGAUGAUCAGAGGAGACCUCAUUGAGCGAGAUCAGGGGAGCACAAUUUAAGGGCUACCCUUGGUCAUGGAAUUAUGCCAGGGGGCUUUCUUUUGAUUUUUGUGCUGAAAUGCAAUUUAAUCCAAAUUUAUUACAUUUAUUAAACAGUGUCACAUGACUUGAGAAUUUCAUAAACAUCUCCAUUAAAAAUGAGAAUUUGAUAGCAUUUUUUGUAAAGUCUCUAGGGCCAGUUCCAAGGCUUUUGAGGAAAUCAUAGGUGGCCUUCGGAGCUCCAGUUGUGUCUUCCUUGGCUAGAUGGAGAAAUUGCCUGAACCAGGAUGAAGGAAUUCUGAAAGAGAGGCUCAUAUAAACAGCCACUGCUUACCCUAUGCAGUGUAGGGUUGGUUGUUUCUAUAAUACCUGACUGAAACCUGUCUUUCUUUGAGCAUGAUAUUUUCUUUGAACUUCCUGGGAAUGUCUGUGCUUUAUUGAAAGCUCUCAAUGAUAAGUUAGUUGCAAGGAAUAGCUGCCUACUCUUCUGCUUAUAGUCCUUCAUGGUCUAUGUGGGAGAAGCCUAAAUGAAGGCAGUGGGCAUAUUCUGGAGUGCUGGAGGCUGGGAACCCUUUGCCCCCAUUCAUUUCCAGAGAGACCGUCAUGCUGUGGGUCCACCAAAGAGGCUUGCUAAACAACUUGGAAUGAUCUCUUGCAAAAAGGCAUGAGAGUUCACUGCUUCUUUGAUUUAUUAAAUAAUAAAGUUAUAUUGUUUUGUUCCUGCAUAGAAUCAUCUGGAUGACCCAUAAAUACAUUUCCCCCCCAAAAUAUCUCUGUAGUAAUCAAACAGAGGUUCCUAAGGCUAUUCCAUGAUUUCCUUGUUGUGAUAUUCUUAAGAACCAUGUUCUGUUCUCAGCGGUCUCUUUCAGUUCUUUCAGCAGUUUUUCUUUUUCUUUUUUCUUUCUUUUUUCAAACUGGACACUUUCUCCCCUCUCUGGAAGAAAAGGUGUAAAGUAUUCUCACAGUUUCACUACUUAUUGAAAAAUGUGCAUUACAUCGGCUAAUGGCAAUUGCAAGCAAGCUAUAUAUUUUAGCAGGAUGGUUGCAGGUUUAUAUAUGCAUGCUACCUACUUAAAAACAUAACAAAAACAUAUAGUUAUUUUCAUGAUAUAUCCAACAUUCUGGUUAAAAAGGAUUACUUUUAUAUGCUACCUAUCAAAUUGUUGUUCUUAGUGUGAAGUAAAUAAGCCAUGAAAAUAGAAACAUGCUAUUAUAAAUAAGCUUGGUUAAAAGGAAUUGUAAAUAUGGUUAGGCAAGAAAAGAAGAAUAAAAAAAAAACUAAAUCGUAAGGGUUUCAGUUGAUUACACU